AUGGCGACGGCCCAUCCCACGGACGAGUCGGCGUGUCCACGUGCAGUGUACGAGCCGCGUCUCGACCUCAUGCAGCGGCGCUGUUCGCUGCCCAAAAUCACCGGCCGGAAGCUCCGCACGCCGCGCAAGUUUGUCGUGACGGACGUCUCGGACGACGAGCUCGAGCAGCACGAGCCGCGGACCACAAGGGGACCCUGUGCGGGUGCAGACGCGUCGGGCGUCGCGCGAGACGAGCUGGACGAGCACCGGAGCCAGGGACUGCACCGUGACGAGCUGUCGGCGUGUAGCGCGUCGCUUCGCAAAGGCAAGACACAGGUCCGAGGGCGGUUUACCAUCACCGACUUGUCGCCCGAGUCGCCGGACGAGCCGCUCGGCGGCUGCAGAAACUUGGCGGCGUCGACGGGGCCCAUGCCGUUGCAGACAACUAAUGGCACGUCCCGACGUCCGUCGAAGCGGAUGGUCAGUCGCAAACCGUUCCAGUCCGCGGGCGACGUGCGUCCGUUGGUCGGGUUGACCACAGCACCAAAUCAAUUGCAGCAGCAGCAGCCACAGCAGCAGCCACAGCAGCAGCAGACUGACGGCACGCACUUGUUUGCAUCGUUCCAGUGCACUGGAGCUUCGUCGCCGUCGUCGCGCUCGACGCGCACGUCGUCCGUAGCGUGUCCCGUGAGUAGUCAGGUCAGCUGCAGCGACGGUCCAACUCCGACAGUGUUUGAUCAUCAUUUCGAGUUCCUAGAGCGAGAGACGUUUGAAAUGAAGUCGGCGCUCGAGACAAUGGUGGCAACAAACGCGCAGUGGAUUGAAACGCUGACUUCAGCGGGUCUCGUGCGUCGUGGCGAAGGCCGGAGUGAGGUCGCUGUUCCUGAGCCGAUUGCUCCAGCAGCGCCUUCGUUUGAACAGAGAUAUUGUGACAUGGAGAAGGCGUACACGGAGCUGCAGAUCAAGUACGAAGCCGUGUGCCAAAAGAGCGAGCGGAUGGAAGUGAAGAACGCAAUGCUGGAGAUUCGACUGCAGCAGCAGAGCAACCACUCGACGAUGCUACGGUCGCAGCUGGACAAGUUGACUGAGUACACGGAGAAGCUACUCGGCGAGUCGUCCGAGCCUACGCUGCACGACUAUAGCUCGGACCUGACCUCGAUCUUUGGCGAACACUCUGAAACGCACUCGCCCACUGCAGAUAAGUUGGCGGGUGGUGGUAGCUCUGGAUUCACUUACGAUGUCGUCAAGUCUCGGCGACAGCAUCGGCGCGGAAUGGAUGAGGAGUGUAUGUCGGACUCGGGCACUGAAGACGAGUCGUUUCGAAAGACGUCCUCGCUUCCGCCAUUCCAUCAGAGUAAUGGAAGCUGCCGGUAUUUCAGCGACAUGGAUCUCACGACUGCUGACCUCUCGUCCGAGAACGAGCGUGGCAGUCCUGCCGCAUUGGACUCACUGCUGAAUGACCAAGUGGACCAGUUGCGCCAGUCGCUACGCUUACGAAACAAGACGGACGCUGAUGAGCCAGUCUCCGUGAUUGGCUCGCUCGAUUCCAUGGCCGUGUGCCCGUCAGUCACGAACGUCGUGGGGUCGUACGGCGACGACGAGUACCAUGGAACCGGCCAGGUCGAUUACUCCCGUCCGGUAUCGAGCGAAGGGAAGGAGGACGGCAUGCUCAAGCACCGAAACUCGGUGUCUUCCCUCAACUAUUUAACUGUUUCGUCGACUUCGUCGUUGGCCGGCUAUGGACUGCACCUGGCCACGAUGGCGCAGUCGAAAGCUAGCUACUACGCCAGCAUUGCCGCCACGAGCCUGUUUGGUCCGCAUCCAGAGCCGUACCCGAGCGCGGCACACCAGCAGCCAACUGGUCCUCAAGACGACGAGACGAAGUACAAUGUGCUUAGCCCGGAGAACCUGCUGUUCCACGACUGCCAGUCUUUGCUUCAAGCUGCCGAAGAGAGGAGAGUUCAGAACUCGAGCUCGCGACGCGGCUUCCUCUUCGCACCCAGCAAAAAGGCGACGUCUUCGCUGGGGGCGAAGGAAGUCCCCGGACCGACAGAGUCGGGUGGCGGUUUGUUCCAGCGACUGACUGUGCGGCGGCGGUAG